AAACGGUGCGCCUUUAAGCAUCCGCCUGCGUGUUGCGCGCAUCUCUGGAAGGGCACUUCAAAUGUAAACUCCAGAGGAAGCCAGUUUCUAGCACGGUCAAAAUGGAGCUUCUGGCAGCUGCUGUGCUUAUAGCGGUGCUGCUCUGUUCUAAUGGCGAAAACCAAGCCGCCGUAGUUUCUGCAGACUGCAAUGAUGCAGGAAUAGAAAAGGAUGCUGGGUUGGCCCUCGACUUGAUCAAUAAGCACCGCAAGGAUGGCUAUAUUUUCACCCUCUUGCGUGUUGCCGAUGCUCACAUACAACAUGUGGGAAAUGAUUCCAUCAUGUACUUAACUCUGGAUGUGCUGGAAACAGAAUGCUUUGUAUUAUCUCGGAAAAACUGGACAUCUUGUGGAAACAGGCCGUUCUACGGCUAUACAGACUUUGGGCGAUGUAAAGCUGUUGUGCAAAUAAACCGGUUCCUUGAGGAAGAGAAACUGCAUAGAUACAACUGCACUGUGAGCCCAGUUCCACCUGAAUUAUACGAGUGCAAGGAUUGUCCAGUGAAGGUAACAGUCAUAGAAGAUGCUGAAGAGCACGUGAAGUACGCCAACAGGGUCUUGGAGCAAUACAAUCAGGACAGCAACCAGACGAACUAUUACAAGGUGGAGGAAAUAAAAAAAGUUUUCAGUGCGAUGGCCGAUCGUACGAUGUACAUUGUUGAGUUUACCAUCAAAGAAACCUCGUGCCCAAGAGCCAGUCUUGCAAGGAAUAUCUCGGCGUGUGAAUUUCUCCCUGACGGAACUGCGCGCAAAGGACUCUGUAGAGGGAAAGCCGUUAAAGAGUCGGAUGCAAAAGAUCCCAGUGUGAUUGAAAUGGAGUCCUGUGAAAUCUACGAUAUUCAAGAUACAGGAAAAGGUUGCCGUGUGUGCGGGCACGCAUGCAGGCACCCACCGCAUGGGCACCCUCAUCACCAUCACAACCAUGACCACCAGCACCAUGGUCCUUAUCACCAUCAUCGCCACAUCCAUUUUCAUCCUCAUCACAAUCACAACAUCGGACAUCGCCAACAUGGGCAUCACAAACAUCGUGGGCAUCACAGGCAUGGACAUGGGCAUCAUGGGCAUGGGCAUCACGGGCAUGCAGGGCCCAGAGGUGACCACAAUUCCUCUGGAGAAUAUCCUGACUUUCCCCCUCCUCCAGGACCCUGCUACCCUCCUCCACCCCCUGGUGGACCACACCAUUUUCCACCUGGUAACUACCCCCCACCUCCCCCAGGGCCACCACAUGGGCCUCUUUGCAACUCCCCUCCCCCUCCUGAUGACCCCGACGAUUGUCCCACAGCUCCCCAAAAUCAGCGGGUUUGCGGGCAUAGCGACCGCAGGCGCUGUCCCGGCCACAGGUGUCGCAUGAGCUCAGCUGGGAGAGGAGGAGGAUCCUCUGAAGAGCACGAUUCCUUCGGGGACCGCCACCCUUUCCACGGCAGCAAAGCCGGGUCGGUCUACUACGUCCCAGUUGCGAGUCCAGACAAUGUCCUCCAAGCUCCUGGGGCAGACUUCUUUGGUGGCCCAGACAGUCAGCAGCGAGGCCACAGGGAGCCGCCUUUGUGCGGCAAAGGCCCUCGCGAGAAACCAGCGCCGCAACCAUUCCCAGAAGCUGCUUCAGAAUCAAAAUCGUGCCCAGGGAAGCCCAAGCAUGAUCAGCCGGGCCUUUUGUCUUUGUAUCCGCAAUGAAACACAUUCCCAUUAAGCGGAAGUGUUUCCGUAACUACAUAGCUCCGCGGCCUUCAAUAGUGAAAAAUAAAACAUCUCUAUACACAAAA